CGCAAGGAUAUCGCGCACCCUGUGGGAGGGGUAGCGCUCAUCGAUCGCGCAUCGAGCGCGAUCCUCUCGGCUUUUGUGUGCGACCCGGCGUUCAGCGUACAAGUCGCGUUAAAGAGCGAGCGAGUGUGAGCUAUCGGUCUGGGUUAUUGUCGGUGGCUAUCGGAAGGACCGAUAUCGGCGAGAGUGUCCGGCCUGGCGAGCGCGUCCACUGGAGGAUCCCAGAGGACCCGAGGGACCAGGUGGAGGACCGGAGUCGGCGUCGAGUUGAAUUGCAUUACACACAUCAGGAGAAAUGUGGGCCUAUCUUGUCCUUUUUGCCGUCAUUUUGGCUAUAUUACACGCAUUAUAUAAAAAAAAUUACUUCAGAAUCAUCAAAUUUAUUUUCACUCUCGAUGGGCCAAAAACGGUGCCCAUUCUUGGCAACGCAAACUUCGUUAUUAAAGGAAAUCUAUUGGAAAGAAUAGCAGACGAGCAUCAGAAUUAUGGUCGCAUUAUUCGCCUUUGGCUGACCUUUGUGCCACACGUUGUGCUUAUCGAGCCGGAGGAUAUCAAAAUACUAUUGCAAAACGAGAAACACAUAGCAAAGGCAUCUUUUUACAAGCUGGUCGACGAUUUUCUGGGCAAGGGUCUCAUUACUCAAGAUGUCGAUAAAUGGACGGUACAUCGGAAAAUCUUACAAUUGGCCUUCAAGCCCCAUAUGUUACAAAAAUUUAUUGAAACGUUUGGCGAGUGCGCCGAUCGCCUAGUCGACAAGUUGCUCGAAAAAGAUGGGGAAGAUAUAAACAUCACUACAUUUGUUAACAACUCGGUCUACGAUAUAGUGAAAGAAACGAUUUUGGGCAUCCCGGCAAGCCAAACAUACAAUGACGGAGAGGAUAAAUUUAGAAAGAACCAGUUUAUGAUAACGUAUAGAUAUGCGCGUCCAUGGUUGUUAAUCAACUGGAUUUACCGAUUGACAGCAGCUAGCAGAUCAGAGAAACAACACCAUAAUGAAUUAAUAGACUUUUGUUCUAAAAAAAUGGAGGAAAUGCACAGAUCUUCACAAAAAAACAAUUUCUUCAAUGACCCAAGAACUGGAAAAACAUCUUUGCUUGAGUUCAUGAUUGACUACAUGAUCAACAUGAACGACCCGCCAAUCACUAAACAAGAAGCUAUCGAAGAAUGUUGCACCUUUAUGUUGGCCGGCCAGGAAUCAGUCGCCACAGCCACUGCAAUUACUCUUUUUUAUUUGGCAAGAAAUCUGAAAUGGCAAAAAAAAUGUAUCGAAGAAUUAAAUGAGAUCUUUGGUGAAGACAGAAGAUUACCAACUAUAGAAGAUCUGACCAAGAUGAAAAAUUUAAAAAUGUUCAUUAAGGAGUCUUUAAGAUUAUAUCCUACCGUACCUUUGUUUGCGAGGACACUCGGGGAGGAUAUGACAGUAGGAGAACAUGUAAUACCGGCCGGUUGCAAUGUAAUUAUAAUGCCAUAUUGUACGCAUCGAUUACCUCAUCAUUUUCCUGAUCCUCACGAUUUCAAACCAGAGCGAUUUAGCCUUGAAAACUCCAAAGAAAGGCAUCCAUUUGCCUACAUACCAUUCAGCGCUGGACGUCGCAACUGUAUUGGAUACAAAUUUGCCAUGCUCCAAAUGCAAUCGACCAUCAGCGCUAUUCUAAGGAAGAGUCAAUUAGAACCGGUUCUUGGCAAGGAAAACUUUUUAGCUAAAUAUCGCGUAACGAUUAGAGCACAUGGCGGACUUUGGAUGAGAAUAAAAGCGAAUGAUAAAUACAAACCAAAGCAAUCCUACACAUCAGGGACAGACUUUUGAUUUUUCUGAGUGUG